CUGUCACGCACGAUAAAAAUUUUUCCCUACUUUCAAAAUGAUUUGGCAUUACUGUUUUAAAUGAGUUGUUUUGUAUUUGAAAUGCAUUCACAGAUGUUUGUUUGAUAGUUUUUUGCAAAAGUGUAAAAGUUUCACAACAAAAUGUGGCUUCUAACAAAUAUUGCAACCGGUAAUGUACUUAUUGUCAUCAAUGAAAAGGCCAAAUAUGCUGUUGGCCGAGUUGGUGCAGAUUUGGUGAUAACCGACGACUCUUCCAUUAGUCGUACACAUGCCUUUCUACAUAUAACGCAAAAUAAUACUGUGGGUAAUGAAAACCAUAAAUUCAUGGAAUUUCUAGAGCUUGAAGAUGCUGGCUCUAAGUAUGGUACCUUCCUUAAUGAUGGUAUUGAGAAAAAUGCUGGUGUACCUAAACAAGAACGUAUUCCUCUAUCACAGGGGGAUCGCAUACGUUUUGGUGUUUUAAAGAGCAUAUGGUUAGUUUCCAAAAUUACACCCAUUAUUACGGUAUCAACAUUACCUGUUGAAAUUGCCAAACAAUUAAAACAAUAUAUUCAAAUUCUUGGAGGUAGUAUUUUAACUGGCUGGAAGGAUACAUAUACGCACUUAACUUUAACAGAGAUUAAACUCACCCCCAAGCUCUUGCAUGCCAUACUUGAUCAGAAACCUAUUGUUACUUGUGAUUACUGGUGUAGUGUGGUGCAAGCUGCACGCCGUGGACGGCGAUCGUUGCCUAAUCCCGCAUCUUAUGUGCCACCAAAUCCUGAGAAUUUCGACUUGAGCUAUCGUGAGGAAAGAAAAAGUAUUUUUAUGGAUAUAACAUUUGUAUUUUUAAAUGCUCGUCACUUUAAUACGUAUGCUCCAAUUGUGGAGAAGGCCGGUGGUAUGAACAAACAUUUAAAUGUAGGAAUACAAAAAUCAUUUCUGGUUAGAAAAGAUGUCGUUGUUAUUCAUUACGUGCCAUCCACAGAGUCACAAAGUUCACAGACCAUUAGUACUAUCGAAGAUUGUCUUAAACAACAUUCUCGACGCACUGUACCUGAAUAUGAAAUCGUUUUCGCCAUUAUACAUUGCUCAACACAAAUGUAUUGCAAUCCAAGCUACAAAAUACAGGAGAAUUUCGAUUAUGAAUCAGAAUCAAAUGGAUCUAAUGCGUUGCAGAAUUCUAUCCAAAUCUCUGGUAAUCAAAUCGAUUGCUCGAAUCCUUUAGUAGGCGACGAGACAGAAGUAUUUAUACCGGAAACUGAUCCCAAAAGCACAGCCAGCACACAUUUGACGGAUAAAUCCAGUGUUGAACUCCCUGCAUCCCGAGUGGAUCAAACCGAUUCAGUAACCAUAGAAUCACAAACGUUUGGGCAAAAAGAUUCAUUGCCAAGUGAUGUGGCGAUGUCUUCACUUCAAGUAAGUGCACACGAAGUUAAUAAACGAAAGCGUACAAGAGGAAAUCAACAAAAUGUCGGUAAUGACGGCAAUUAUGAAAUGAAUAGUGAUGAAGAUGAUAUAUUCAACUUUGCUGCUAAGAAGGUACAUUUAGAAGAUAAAACCAAAUCACCAGUUAUGCGUGUAACCAGGCAACAGAAAAAAUCGAACAGUUCACCACUUGACGAGAGUGCAUCAACAUCUGUUGCAGCCGCUGCAAAGAAAACCCCUAAAUCCUGCGAUAAGCAAUUGCCUAUUGCAAUAAAUAAGAGGACAACUGGACGUACGAUGAUUAAUAUGUCGGGAUUUCUAGAAAAGUCACAUGCCCCAAAUUUAAAUAUACAGAAAACAGAUGCAGAGAGCCAAAAUAUACCAACUGACAAUGAUAAAUCGAAGCAGGGAUCUAAACGCGCUCGUAUUGCGGUCUUAGAUAACAGCGAUGAUGAUGAUUUAUUUUGCUUUGGUGAAAAAAGUAAUACAAAAGAAGAAUCAAAUUUUGCGAAACGAGCACGCGCUGAUGAUAACGGUAACGAUUCAGAAGAGGAUCUGUUUAAUUUUGGCGGUGCUGAAUCUGAAGAUCUUAAUAAGGAGGAAAAUAUUAUAGACGUCGAUUUAAAUAAUCAACCACAAUCUCAGAAAAAGAAUUCAAUGUCAAUAGUUAUGCCCAAACCAAAACCGUUGCCAACGAAAUUUUGUGUGUCCAAUUGGCUUGAUUGUUCAUUAAGCGCUUUAAGUAUCAAACCCGAUCAAAUGAAGGAUGAAGUGGACGCGGUUAAAAGAGAAAACAAUGAUUCAGGUGUAGAAGGUGAUAGUAAAGAUAAUGUUGAGCUUUGUAAAGGAGGAUUCGUGGUGACCACGCUGGACGCAAGAACACGCAAUCGCGAAAACGCGUGGAGCAGAACUACAAAUAAUCCUCGAAAACAGGAUUCUAAUGUAAAUUCCGCAACCAAAAACUAUAAAAAGUUUGUUAAAAAAUGUCGUCCACAAAAUCAUAAAGUGAUUGGAACUGUAUCGUCCACUGUAUGCGGAUAAUAAGUUUGUUCGGAAUAAUAUAUGUUACGAAAUUUUGUUUACUAUAAAUUUUUUAAAUAUGCUUAAA